AUGUCAAAGAUUAACCGAUGCAACGAAACGAGCAACAGGAACCGCGUUGCGACAUUUCCAGUCAUUGCCAAAAUUCCCCAAGCCACGUCCCGCUCUGGCUGGCCCGGCCCCAAGGACUCCGAGGAAGGCGGCCUAAUUAGCAUCCCGGAAAUUAUUCGGAAGAAACGAGAUGGUCAGGCGCUGCAACCGGGGGAAAUCCGCUACUUCGUGCAAACUCUGGGCAGUGGCAGAUCGCGGGAGGGGCAAACCGGGGCUAUGCUGAUGGCCAUCCGCUUGCGAGGCAUGGAUCCCUGCGAGACCCUGGUGCUGACCCGGGAAAUCGCGGCUUCGGGGACCACCCUGGAGUGGCCGGCACAAUGGCGAGGGCUGCUGGUGGACAAGCACUCCACGGGGGGCGUGGGGGACAAAGUCAGCCUGCCCCUGGCGCCGGCGUUGGCGGCCUGUGGCUGCAAGGUGCCCAUGAUCAGUGGCCGGGGCCUGGGCCAUACCGGGGGCACCCUGGACAAGCUGGAAUCUGUGCCAGGCUUCUGCGUUUCCCAGAGCCCGGAGCAGAUGAGAGAGAUCCUGGAAAAAGCCGGUUGCUGCAUCGUGGAACAAAGCCAGUAUCUGGUCCCAGCGGACAAGGUCCUCUACGCCCUGAGAGACGUCACAGCCACGGUGGACAGCCUGCCCCUCAUAAUAAGUUCCAUCCUGAGUAAGAAGAUGGUGGAGAAGCUCUCCGCUCUGGUGCUGGACGUCAAAUUUGGCAGCGCUGCCUUGUACCACACUCUGGAGGGUGCUGAGGAACUCGCGCAAAGCCUGGUGUCCGUCGGAAACCAUCUCGGGACGAAAACAGCGGCAAUUCUGAGCAGGAUGGAUGAGCCCAUCGGUUGCCGGGUGGGCAAUUCCUUGGAAGUCCUGGAAGCCUUGCAGUGCCUGGAAGGAGGUGGCCCCGAGGACCUCCGUGAGCUGGUGACCACACUAGGCGGCAUCCUGCUGUGGCAGAGCGGGCGAGCUGCCUCCGUGCCGGCGGGGGCCGCCCAGAUCGGUCAAGCCUUGGACAACGGCUCUGCCCGGGACGCUUUCCAGGCCAUGCUGCGGGCCCAAGGGGUGCAGGCCGAGGCCUCCCGCCUGCUGUGCGAAGGGACGGAGGCGCAGCGGUUGCAGGUGUUGAAGCUGGCCGGCAACCAGGAGGAGCUGCGGGCUCUGCAAGAUGGGACCGUGCAGCAGAUCCAGGCUAUGCCCAUCGCACAGGUGCUGCAUGACUUGGGAGCCGGCCGGACCCAGGAGGGGCAGCGCAUCAACCCCCGGGUGGGCGCGGAGCUGCUGGUCUCUACCGGGAAGCGAGUGAGCAAAGGAACUCCGUGGAUUCGAAUCCAUUACGACACCCCCAGGCUGAGCAACACCCACCGAGAAACCUUGCAGAAAGCCCUGAUCCUGGGGGACCUGGAGCCCUUCACCCCCGCCUCAAAGGUGGCAAAAGUCCUUUUUUCUACGGAAGAGUCAGCCACGCCUGGAUCUCGGGCAGAGAGCCAAGGGGCCUCUGAGAAGGAGCAGGGCCUGGACCGGGCGGCCGAAGGACCUGGGGUCCCACCCAAGGCCCCACCCUUAGAUUAA